AUGUUAGGAACAUAUUCACGCAUAAGGUAUGUGCUUGAGCACCUCUGUUCCAUGUUGGAACUGACACAAGUCCAAGCCAUUAUCACCAAAGCAGGCUUUCAAACCCAUACUCCUUUCAUUGAUAGGUUAAUAUUCUUCUCCGCACUUUCUCCUACGGGAGACCUCUCCCAUGCUCAUUCCCUCUUCCUACAAACUUCUAUGAACAACUCCUUCCUUUGCAACACUAUGAUUCGAGCCUUUGCCAAGUCUUCCUUCCCUCUUCAAGCUCUAUACAUAUACAGCCACAUGCAGACCUCAGAUGUUGUAUCUGACCAUUUCACCUACAACUUUGUGCUCAAGGCUUGCUCUAGAGCAUACAAGUUUGUCCAAGAAUUUGGUGAGUGCGAUGAGAUCACUAUUGUUUCCAAAGGGGGUGAAGUUCACUGUACUGUUAUCAAACUGGGGUUUGAUCAAGACCCCUCAAUUCAGAACUCUUUGCUCUAUAUGUACUCUCAAUGUGGAUUGGUCCAUGUUGCCCAACACUUGUUUGAUGAAAUCAGUAACAGAAGUUUGGUUUCUUGGAAUAUCAUGAUAUCGGCAUACCAUCGUGUCAACAAUUCUAAGUCAGCUGAUUACCUUCUUGAAUCAAUGCCACUCAAGAAUGUUGUUUCAUGGAACACUGUCAUUGGAAGGUACAUCAGGUCAGGUGAUAUUGAGGGUGCAAGAAGGGUGUUCCAAGUUAUGCCCGAGAGGGAUGUUGUGUCCUGGAAUUCUAUGAUUGCUGGUUUUGUGUCCGUUAAGGAUUAUGCAGGAGCGUUGACACUGUUUUCUGAGAUGCAAAACGCUAAAAUAAGACCCACCGAAGUGACGUUUAUUUCAGUUCUGGGUGCCUGUGCCGAAACUGGUGCACUAGAAAUGGGAAGCAAAAUACACGAGUCUCUCAAAGCGUCUGAGCAUAAGAUUGAAGGGUAUUUGGGAAACGCCCUUCUGAAUAUGUAUUCUAAAUGUGGAAAUUUGAGUUCAGCUUGGGAGGUAUUUAGAGGGAUGGGGAUAAAAACUACGAGUUGUUGGAAUGCUAUGAUUGUUGGUUUGGCUGUCCACGGUUACUGUGAGGAAGCUCUGACGUUGUUUUCAGAGAUGGAAUGCGGGCUUGGUACUGUUAGGCCGAAUCGAGUAACAUUUAUUGGUGUUUUGAUUGCUUGUAGUCAUAAGGGUUGGGUAGAUAAAGCAAGAUGGUAUUUUGAUCAUAUGGUGAAGUAUAAAAUUGUGCCCGAAAUCAAGCAUUAUGGUUGCAUGAUUGAUCUUUUUAGUAGAUUUGGUUUGCUGGAAGAGGCACAUCAGAUGAUCAGGACUUCUCCUUUCCAAAAUAGAUCCAUUUUAUGGAGAACGUUGCUGGGUGCUUGUAGGACACAAGGGAACAUGGAGCUGGCUAAGGUGUCAUUCCUACAACUUGCCAAAUUGAAAAGUCUAUCAGACGGAGAUUAUGUGUUGUUAUCUAACAUUUAUGCUGAAGCUGAGAGAUGGGAUGAGGUUGAGCGAUUAAGGAGUGAAAUGAUUGACUUGCAUGUCUCUAAGCAAGUUGGACACAGCCAAAUUGAUAUGACUGAAUGUGAUAAGCUUUCCUAA